CAAGUAUAUAAAUCCAAUUCGGCUCUAUCUGCAAAAGCAAAGUGCACAGGAAAACUGUGGUUGUCUUGAGAAGGACUAAGAGAUCUUGGUCAGUCAAGAUGAAGCUGUUUUUGCUGCUACUCUUGUGUGUCCUUCCACUGAACACAACAGCUUGCAAGACUGUUCUGAGAGUGAAGAAAAAAGCCAUGGAACAUGCCUGCCAAUCACACAGAUCCAAUUUUGAAGGCCAUAUUAGAAAAAUGAGCUUCGCAGAUCUUCAAGGAAUCCCUAAUUUUUUAUUUGGCAAAGUACUUUCAUUGACUGGAAUACAGAUCUUUGAUGUGAAACUCCCUAAUAUGAAAGUGAACCUUGUGCCAGGUGCUGGUGUUCAAAUGUCCCUAGAGACCAGUCUUCAUAUUAAAGGAACAAUACUUUUAUUUGCCAAUGUUGAGGUAAAUGUCGGCUCGGGAAUCACAGCCGAUGUGUCUGUCACUAAGACGUCUUCAGGUUUUCCCUUGCUGAAAGUUUCCGCAUGCAAGUGUGCUAUGGGACAAAUACAGGUCAAUGUUUUAGGACUAAGUUUAAUACCUUCAGCGAUCUCUGUAAUUCGCAAUCACAUCCAUACUAUGGUCAGCAAGCAACUCUGUCUCACGGUAUCAAAUGUUUUUGUGGAUGCCAAUAUGAAUUUGGAACUGAUGUGUGCAAAGCACUUCAGCAAGAACUUUGAACUCCAGUACAACGUGCCAACCCCUCCAGUGGUGACCAAUGAAUAUGUGGAAAUGGAUAUGUAUGCACAGUACAAGGUGGAGGAGAAGGUCUUAGAACUUCCAACUGGUGCACAGGGUUUUACUCUUCCUCCUCCAGAUGCAAGUGCCCGAGACUCUAUGGUCACCAUGGGCAUGUCCAAGGACUUCUUCAUUUCCAUAUUUACAGCUCUUCAUACUUCAGGAAAAUUCAGCCUAGAUAUUCCAACAACAACUAGUUCUCUUAUUAAUGAGCUGAAAACAUCCUAUCUUGGAUCCUAUAUUCCCGAGAUCAGUCGGAAAUACCGUGAGUCUUUAGCUGUUGGGAUAAAGAUUUCUCUUAGCCAAACACCACUGGUUACAUUCCAGUCUAACCAGCUGAUAAUUCAAUUGACUCCUUCAUUGGAACUAUAUGCUGUGUCACCCAAAUCUGGUAAAGAGCACAUGCUGACUUUUAGUGUGGGAGCUACUUUGUCUGCCAAGCUGGACAUGAAUGCCGAUAAACUGAAGAUCUCAGUUUCCAUGCAAAAGGAGCUCAGCCUUUCCCUGGCAUCUUCCUCCAUUGGACAGUGUGGCUGUAGUUCAUCCUCAGUCUCUGGAUACAUGCAGACAGUGUUUGAGAAGGCCUACUUGAUUCAUAUCAAUGAGGUGCUAAGCGUAGGGGUGUCAUUGCCAACACUGCCAAAUAUGAAUCUCAUUCAACCUGUUAUUGAGGUUAAAAAGGAUUAUGCCGUCAUGUCAUGUGAUGUGCAAUAUACUUAGAGAGCCAAAGAUGGAAGAUAACCAACAACAGCAUCUUGAGUUGCCAGAUUAUAAGAAAAAACUGAUUUCUCAGACUCAUCAAAGUUUAAUAAAACUCUACAUGAUUUGUUGUAA